UUCGCUCCUCGGAGUACUCUUCAGAGGUGAUCAUCUCGUAAAGAUUUUUUAUAGCAGAUAUGAUGACUUGUGCUAUAUGCAACGGUGCCAUACAAGUAGGAGAUGGGAAGCCCAUGUUCACUGCAGAAUGCUCUCAUUGCUUCCAUUUCUUAUGUGUGGUUUCGAACGCCAAGAGUGGCAACCAGAACUGCAUGAUUUGCCAAGCCAAAUGGAAGGUUAGUCCUUUACAAGGUGCUAAUUACCAUCCUUCGUUUAAUGGUUUACCCAAUUGGAUGAUUAGUCCUUUAGAAGGUGCUAAUUUUACUGAUCCCUCUCAUAAAAGGGUAAGAACAAACAUGGAAAAUUAUUGGCCCGCAAAUCUCGAAAAUUUUGGGUCGACUGUAUUAGACCCGACAUUUGGAAACCUUUUGGUCACUGAAGAUCCCUUGGAUCCACAAUCUCUAUUUGCCUCCAACAGCUCCCCGUACAUUGAUAUCCAAACAUACCCAGAAAUAUCAGCUGUUCAACGAUCAAUUCAUAAAGAAAACUUCAGUGUUCUGAUUAAUCUUAAAGCUCUUGUUACUGAUAUUAAGCAAGAUAAUGAUGAUGCACAUAUGUCUCAAAGUUGCCGUGCCCCAGUUGACCUUGUCACAGUUCUUGAUGUAAGUGGUAGUAUGAGGGGCUCCAAGAUUGAGUUGCUAAAGCGAGCCAUGAGGUUUGUGAUAGAGAACCUUGGCCCUUCUGACCGGUUGUCUAUAGUUACUUUUUCAUCUUAUGCCAGACGCCUCUUACCUCUCCGUCGGAUGACUGACUCGGGAAAGCAGCAUGCACUGUUAGUUGUCAACUCCCUGGCAACCGGCAGUGGGACUCAUAUUCUUAAUGGACUAAGAACGGGUGCUUCAGUGAUCGAUUCACGAAAAGAGAAGAAUCCGUUUUGUAGUAUCAUGCUUUUAUCAGAUGGGAAAGACACAUCUAGAGAAACGGCAAUCUCAACAAAAUUAACCACGAUUAAGGUUCCUGUGCAUACAUUUGGUUUUGGUUCCAGCCAUGAUCCUGUCUUGUUGCACUCAAUUUCCCAGACCUGCAAGGGAACAUUUUCUUUCGUUGAAGCUGAGAGGUUCAUACAAGAUGCUUUUGCUCAGUGCAUCGGUGGACUUCUUAGUGUUGUUUUGCAGGAUGUUCAGGUACAUGUCCAGUGUGUGCAUCCUGAUAUAUGUCUUGGCCCACUUAAUGCAGGUAGUUAUUCAAUGCGUCUAACAGAUAUGAAUCAAACUGGAUUCAUUGAUGUUGGAGAUUUGUAUGAAAAUGAAGAGAGGGAUUUUCUCGUCUUGCUAAAUGUUCCAACAGUAGGAGAUGAGGGCUCUAGUCUUGAGACAGAAUUAGUUCAUGUGGGGUGCACUUACAAAGACCCUUUCUCAAAACAAAUCAAGAGUACAGCAGUUAAGAAAGUCAAAAUUCAGAGACCUGAGACUGAGGAAGAAGGAUUUGUUGUUGUGUCUGUUGAGGUAGACCGAGAAAAAUGCAGGCUUCGAGCUACUAAAGCAAUGUCAGAGUCACGGGAUGCUGCUGAGAGGGGUGACCUAUCUGGUGCAUGGUCUAUCCUGGAGAGUUGUCAAAAGGAGCUCACGGAAACAACUUCUGCACGUGCUGGUAACCAAUUAUGUGCAGCAUUAGAUUCAGAGCUGAAAGAGAUACGAUCAAGAAUGCAGAACAUGCAAAUAGAUGAGUCAAGUGGGAGGGCUUAUGUUCUUUCUGGAAUGAGUUCACAUUCCGGGCAAAGGGCAACAACACGAGGAGAUACUUCUAGUGAUAGCUCGGGCUUUGUUCAUGUCUACCAGACAAAGUCAAUGGAAAACAUGGUGGCAAGAUCUCAUACUACUGGUUAGUGCUGCCUUUUAUUUCCAUCUUCACUUGUCUAGUAAGGCUUUCCUUUAUAUUUUUCUAGUAAAUGGAGACAUUCUAUGUGGCGUUUUUAGGUUCUGUAGAUGAAUAAAGUAAGGCAAGUAUUUGAUUAGAAGGAUGGUAUUAGGAUUUGAUGAAGUAUUGGAUACUUGAUGUGCAUAGAUUUCUAGUUUUCUUUUUCUUUUAUGGAUGUCUGUAAGAAUUAAUGGAUCCUCCUAUUUUGUUAGUUUUGCUGUAAGAUUGUAAUUAUUGUGGCUUUGCAUGGAAUGUCAGUUCCACUUAACAGGUAUUAAUAUAGUCCCUCCGUACCUAUUAUAUAGGCGGAGUUUAAAA